AUGGCUUUCGCAUCAGUGUCCUCUUCCUCCACCUUCAGCCGCCCCCCGCCGCCGCGUCCUCCUCCUCCUCCUUCACUUUCCUUUGCUCGGAGCAGCCACAUAACUCUGCCUCGCUACAAGAUCCCCCAUGGGUUCUCGCGUUUCCACCAUUCCUCCGCCAGCUCUUUCGCCGCCAGCACCUUGCCGCCGAGGUCCAAGGCGCCACGAAGAAAGCCAGAGCUCACCUCCUCCUCCGCCACUGCCACCCCGCCAUGCACCGAGUGCGGCAAGCGCUUCUCGUCCUGUAAGGCCCUGUUCGGCCACAUGCGCUGCCACCCAGAGCGGCAGUGGCGCGGCAUCAACCCACCGCUCCACCUCCGCCGCCCGCCCCCACACGACCAGUGCUUCACUGCCGAGGAGCACGAGGUCGCCUCAGUCCUCCUCUUGCUCUCCCGCGGCACUCCCAGAGACGCCACUCCCCUUUCUGCCAUGGAUGCAUUGGGAAGCAGUUGGAAUCGGAACAACGUCUGCUCCAAAGGCUUCUCCUCCGAUCAAGCAGUUGGCGGGCACAAGAGGAAUCACCGGGAGAAGGAUUACCAAGAACUAGAGGAAACUGCGCAGGACUGUUCCUCUACGAGGAGCUACAUACUCGAUCUCAACUUGCCGCCGCCGCCGCCGCCGCCCGAAAGCACCGACGACCGAAGCCCGAACGCCGUCUUGAACCUGAGAUUAGGCAUCUAA